AUGCAGGUACUUCUCUCCACUGGGCUGCCCAUUAUUCCCCGGGAUGAUGACGACUGCGAAGCCUUCGACUCAGACUUUCCGGCGGGUUCGGUGGUAGAUUCUGAUGCAGAUUCGAGCAACGUGCAUUUCAUCGCUAUUAGUCCGAAAGGGUCGUUCACUACGGGGAACGGUGCUUUAGAGUUGAAGCUCCAGAAGCCUGAUGGCGAUGUUACGGCCAAAGAUGGCAUCAAUGAUAAAGUAGGUGUCGGAGCCACGAUCAAUGCUACCAAGCCUAUUAGACAUGGCAAAGUAACAUUUGUAGCGGAGACCCCAAAAGUGGCUGGUGUUGUUUCCGCUAUGAUUCUCAUAGGCUCUGAUAGUCAAGAUGAGAUUGACAUUGAAAUUCUUGGCGGUGAUAUCGAUCAUUGGCAAACAAAUUUCUUCGCGACGCCGCCUGGUUCAGAACCUAUAUUUGGGAAAUUCGGGGAUACUCAUGGCUAUAAUGACAGCGACGCCUCCAGUACCCAUACGUACGUCAUCGAUUGGAAUCAGGACAGGAUAUCUUGGUCCGUAGAUGGGGAUGAAGUGCGGAGCGUGCAGAAAAGUGAGCUUCCGACAAUUUGUAUGCCUUGCCUUGACAAAACUAUCACAGAGAAUUCAACGAACGGAGGGCAAACAUAUUAUCCGACGCACAAGAUGGGAAUGCAGAUGGGCAUUUGGGACGCUAGUGGUGAAGCUGAUUCUGCGUCCUGGACUAAAGGACCUAUUGAUUGGAAGAAUGCACCGGACAACAUCAAAACGCUUAUUCAUAGUGUGAAAGUAGAAUGCGGAGUCGUUCAAUAG